AUUUAUCAUUGUUCAAAAUGCACCAACUCUCAGUCUCGCAGCGCGUGGUUGACGCUCUGCUUCGAAACCGCGGCACAGACGCGUCGCUCUUCCGCGGUCUGCUCGUCUCGCCCGCCGCGACCGUUCUUCCUUCUGAAUCGUCACCAUCAUCACCAUCAUUGACCACUGUGCUCGCUGCCCUGUGCACAUCGCGCGGGGGUGCGCUGUCGUCCCGCGAGGUCGUCUCACUGCUUCCAUCCGGUCUCGUUGUUGGAGGCGCGUUUCUGACGAGCUCGGAUCCCAAGCAGAUUGCAAACGCAGCAGAAGAUGCUCGCCAGGCACGGCGAGUGCAGGGCGGAUUCAAGGGUGAAACUGCAGUGAUUGUCGCGGUGGUCGAGGAGACGUCGUGCCAGUUCUACCGAGUGCUGGAGAAUGGCGAUGCUACCGUCAUCUCGGAUGUCCAGGUUGGACGCACGGCGGAGGACAAGUUUCGCCAAGAUCACGCCCUUUUCCACAUCCGGUUGCUCACGGACAAGUUUUACGUUCCUGCUGGGUCACUGGGCCUCGCUCAGUUGCACGCUCGUGUGCAAACCUUCCUCGCCUCGUUGCGCACUUCCAUGAUGCAAUUGUCGUUUGCAGCGUCGUCCUCUCAACAAGGAUCUCUGCUGGUUGCAUCGGACACUCAAGGCAGUUUGCGGCAGGCUGUUCUCGAUGAGACGCAACGCGUUACUGGCGCGGCUACUCCCCGCAAAGGCGGUCGCGCUCCCACUCACGCAGCUUUGCCCGAAAAGCUGAGUGUUCGUCUGUUGCGCCCAUCAACCUUGACAUCAUCCGUGCCAUUGGCUCCCAUCCUGACCUGCGAACGCGAGAGUGAUAAGCCCCUUGCCAUGUUCCAGCUUCCGGUUGAAGCGAUCGCAUACGUGCCAUGGAACGAGAGUCCAGCGGCCACACAGCAGGCCGUUUUGGCAGCCAUCACCUCUGCGCUGUACUCGUCUGUGGAUGAUCUCGUCAUGCAUCAUGGAGCCAAAGCAUCGGUUCCGUACCAUUUUAAACUCGCCCAGUUCCCGUUUCUGGUUCGAGUCUGCUAUCCCACUGCCAGCACACCUUUUCCCGGAGAGAGUCAAGACCACGAAUCAUACAAAACAACGCGGACCAAGUACCACAACGCGCUAUUGCUUCCACUUGACCGACCACUGCUUCGGACCAACAACGCAUUUGAUCUGCAAACCUUCCGCACUUCUGUUCAAUCCGAUCGGUUGCUGAAUGUCCACGAGCGACUCGGUCCUUCUGGAGUUGUUGGUGGGCGUCUUUCCCUUGUGGAUGGCCCAUACAGCUAUUACCACUAUACACAAGACCGUAUGGAUGAUUCUGGCUGGGGCUGCGCAUACCGAUCCCUGCAAACGAUUUGCUCGUGGCUGCGUCACAAUGGUUACGCCACUCGUGCAGAUAUGACCCAUCGCGAAAUCCAAGAGUGCCUGGUGCAAGUUGGCGACAAGGACAAGUCGUUCAUUGGCUCGACUCAGUGGAUUGGAUCGUUUGAACUCAGCAUUUGCCUCGACCAAUGCUACAAUAUUACAAGCCGCAUCAUGAAUCUGAACGCAGGGCGCGAGAUGGCUGACAAAGCCCGAGAACUGGCAGCGCAUUUUGAGACCCAGGGCUCGCCAGUGAUGAUUGGUGGCGGAGUUCUCGCACACACCAUCCUUGGCGUUGAUUUCAACGCGGAGACUGGCGAUGUGAAAUAUUUGAUUUUGGAUCCGCACUACACUGGCAUCGACGAACCCACUGCUGUGAUUGAAAAGGCUGGUUGCGUGUGGAAGGGUCCUGACUUUUUCGUUCAGGAUGCCAUCUACAACAUGUGCCUUCCCCAGCGUCCCGCGAUGAUUUGAAAUCUUUCUUUUCUAUUUUCAUGUUGCUUCUUUUGGUCUUGUCUGGAACUUUUUGGGAUGGC